CCCAGUGUUUUGGUCUUGAUUUGGUGUUCCUGCACGGAAGCCGACUGUGUGGAAAACCUGCAGCUUCACAUCUGUGAUCGGGAAUCCUGCUAUUUCCACUUUCAUGUGACCGAUUGAUGCGUGACUGAAAGAUGUUUUCUGAGCCUCGGAGUCAUUCCCCGUCAUGACCUCACCGGGCCGCCCCUCCACUUGAAUGGGAUUCCUCAUCGCUUUCCUGUCGCUCGUCUUGGCACCGACUGUCUCUGCUGCUGCUGCCGCUGCUGCUCCAAACACCCUGAUUUUAGGAUCUGUGAGCUUUUUGCUUCCUCUGAUCAGUUCAUUGAUGGUUUGAUGCGACACCCGCCUGUCUGAUCGUCAGAAGAGCGACGACACCAAAUCUCUGGUAGCCUGCGCGUCAGGGCCUUGGCCAUGGGGGGAUCCAAGAGUAAGCCCAAGGAUGUUGGUCAGCGAACCCGCAGCCUCGAUGGCAACCUCAGCUCCGGUGGAGGGGCUGGCGGCCACCACCACAGCUCCAAUCAACAGUCCUUAACACCCAAUCGUAGCCCUACUAUGGAUGGAGGACUGGGUGGUAAUCAGUCUAUGACCAAUAACGCGGAGCUGGCCCUGUUCGGAGGCGUGGACAAUAACAGCGUCACCUCUCCCAACAGAAUCACACUAGCAGGAGGUGUGACAACCUUCGUGGCGUUGUAUGACUACGAGUCCAGAACGGCCUCAGACCUCUCCUUCAGGAAGGGUGAACGCCUCCAGAUAGUCAACAACACGGAAGGCGACUGGUGGCUGGCGCGCUCCCUGACCACUGGAGAGAGCGGUUAUAUCCCCAGCAAUUAUGUGGCUCCAUCUGACUCCAUCCAGGCAGAAGAGUGGUACUUUGGCAAAAUCACUCGCCGCGACUCGGAGAGGCUGCUGCUAAGUUUAGAGAACAGGAGGGGGACUUUCCUGGUGCGAGAGAGUGAGACCACCAAAGGUGCCUACUGUCUGUCUGUAUUGGACUAUGACAACACCAAAGGGCUGAAUGUGAAGCACUACAAGAUCAGGAAGCUGGACAGCGGAGGCUUCUACAUCACAUCACGCACGCAGUUCAGUAACCUGCAGCAGCUUGUCAGCCACUAUCGCAAGCAUGCUGAUGGACUGUGUCACAGUCUAACAGACAUCUGUCCUGUGCUGAAGCCUCAGACUCAGGGCUUAUCCAAGGACGCCUGGGAGAUCCCAAGAGAGUCUCUCCGUCUUGACCUCAAGCUCGGACAGGGCUGCUUUGGAGAGGUGUGGAUGGGAACAUGGAACGGUACAACACGGGUGGCUAUAAAGACUCUGAAGCCCGGCACUAUGUCCCCUGAGGCCUUCCUCCAAGAAGCUCAGGUCAUGAAGAAACUGAGACAUGAAAAGCUGGUUCAGCUCUACGCCGUGGUGUCCGAGGAGCCGAUCUACAUCGUCACAGAAUACAUGGGACAAGGUAGCUUACUGGAUUUCCUGAAAGGUGACAUGGGUAAGAUUCUCCGCCUCCCCCAGCUGGUGGACAUGGCCUCACAGAUUGCUUCAGGGAUGGCUUAUGUGGAGAGGAUGAACUAUGUGCACAGAGACCUGAGAGCUGCGAACAUCCUGGUGGGAGAUAACCUGGUUUGUAAAGUGGCUGAUUUUGGUCUGGCUCGCCUCAUUGAGGAUAAUGAGUAUACUGCCAGGCAAGGAGCCAAGUUUCCCAUCAAGUGGACGGCUCCUGAGGCUGCUCUGUACGGCCGCUUCACCAUUAAAUCUGAUGUCUGGUCAUUUGGGGUCCUGCUGACUGAACUGGCCACUAAAGGCCGAGUACCCUAUCCAGGUAUGGUGAACCGGGAGGUGUUAGACCAGGUGGAGCGUGGCUACAGAAUGCCGUGCCCAGCAGAGUGCCCCGAAUCCCUGCACGAGCUCAUGCUGACCUGCUGGAGAAAAGAGCCCGAGGAGAGGCCCACCUUUGAGUACCUGCAGGGCUUCCUGGAGGAUUACUUCACCUCCACGGAGCCUCAGUACCAGCCAGGAGAGAACCUGUAACUGGGCCGAGCGUGUGAAACGUGCAUGCGUCAUGCAUGUGCAAAACAGAGCAUGUGCAUCUACUUCAGAGUGCAUGGACAAGUAUGUGUGAGGGUAUGUAUGUACAGUGUAACGGGGCAGAAAGCCAACUGCAUUCUGGGUACAAUCAGUAACUCUCUGACAUGGAGGAGUAUCAGUGGGACAUCAAACCAAUCAGCAACAUUCAGUUCCUGCCUCUUUCCAAAGUCAUUGUCACACUCUCAGCUCUGAGGGGCUGUUUUUAAUUAAAAGACUAAACUGUGGUAUUAUUUUGAGUUGAUCAUACGGUACUGUGUUAUUUUUGUUUGUCAGUCAAUCAACACCCGACACACCCAAGCGGGUCUUUCUACCUUCUUUGUGUUUGAACAGCCCGAAUAAUAUACAUUCCCCAUGCACUCUUCCUGCGUUAACUCACCUGGCUGAUCUUGUUGCCAGUUUCAACACUGCAACUGACUGUGGCAUAAAAGACUGCAUACUGGUCAAACAUGGGAGGAUGAAUGUUGGAUACAAGUGUGGUCCUGCUGAAAGCAUCACUUCAGGAUGUCUAUUUUUUACUGCGUUUCCUUUGGGACUCCAUUUGAAACAGUCUGUCUUCCAUUUUGCCACUUGAGAAGCAACUGUUUGGGAACGUACAAUAAUUUUGCCAGGAUAUUGUGGGUUUUAUUUUCUUAAUAGACCUGGAUCAACUGGAAUAUAUUCAGGUGAACGAUUUUAUUUUAUAGCAAUGCUUCCCCUGUGCAACAUUUCGGCUAGUUUUCCAACUGCUGUGAGAUUUAGUAGGAGACUAACACCCUUGAUUCUCAUAAGAGUGUGCAGUCUCACUCGCCGAAUUGGUUUAUCGCUGUGACCAACAUACAGCUCAACUCAAAGAAGAGAUGAGGCAGCGUCUGCCUCUCUAUUUUCUAAUUGUGACUUUUCUUACAAAAACAAAAUGGCUACUGAUCACUAACAGUCAUCUCAGGAUGGAGAAGACUAGAUUUCUGCUGCAAGGAUUUUUGUGCCAAUGAAAUUCUCUUUUGUACUCUCUUCUACUGUGUAAAAGUGUAUUUUACUACUCUACUUUUCUUACAAUGAAGUUUGAGUUGUGUAAGCAGUUCUUCUUCGUAAAGGAAUAAUCCACUGUUUUGAGAUCCUGCGUGUACAGUACCAGCCGGCCCACCAGCAUUGGUUUCAAGGUGUUGAUUUGUUUUCAAGCGUUCAAAUUAAAAUCAGGUGAAUCUUCUUUCAUGUUUCCUCUCAGUUCUGACGUUCAUUAAAGCUGGGGUAGGCAGAAAUCUGGAAAAGGGGAAAAAAAAAAAAAAAAAAAAAUUUGAAUAUACACCCUCCUCCUGCAGCUGUCCCAUCUCUAUCCUAAGCCCCUCCAGAUGACCACGGGCAUAUGCACGCACUUUAAACAGUAACCCACCUCCCUGCGCUGCUCUCUCUGUGUUUAUCAGACCACAAAUGAGACAAGACAUUAGCCACCCACCGUCCCUCCGCCUUGCUGCCCGCCACUGUGGACUGUAUCCCCGGGAGGAAAACUGGCAGCAGCUCAGGAGAUGAAUCCUCGGUUGUGAGCAAUAGCUGCUCGAACAUGGCCAGCACAAACUCCCCAGUGCUAGAUGUCAUGGAGGCCUGGUGGCCAGCAGCAGGGUCUAACUUGUCAGCCGAUCUGGCGGGGAAUCGGGCUGUUCGGUCCCCUACGGACCUGGGGUGUUUGUGCUGGCUGGAUUUGUGUUGCUGCAGCAGCUGACUGGGGACAGUCUCCAGAGCUGCUGCCAGCUUUCCUCCUGGUGAGGUGGUCUGUAGUGGCGGGGAGUGAGGCGGAGGACACACCAUGAUUCGAGGCUCUGGCUUACGUUAGCUACAUAGACAUGAAGCCACGGCUGUGAGCCUUUAGCUCUGGUUAGCAGAAGUCUAAAUUAUUAGCAACUUUCCAUUUCUGAAACACUUAGCUUAUAUUAGUCUUAGAUCUAGAAUUGCCAUCCUGCUAUAGGGGAGGCAGUCGCUUGUUUUUGUUUUUCUAAAUCAAUCACAGUCAAUCAAUUCUGUGACGAUGCCCUUGUAAAAUAGUCAGUGACAAGGUUAAUUGUUAGCAUGACAUGGCUAACAUUACUUAACACUUAUUAACAGGUUUAACAACAUAGUCGAGCUGUUUCUGUUUGUUAAACAGCUCAGAGUUGGGUGUUAGUGCUGCUGCUGUGUUAGCUUGUGCUAACUAGCCGAACUCUGUAGGAAGAAAAUGGCUCCUAAAGAGUGGCAACAGAAAUUUUGCUGAUCAGGAUGGUCUGAGAUCAGAACCCUGGCUCAAAAGGAUCGCAUUCAGGUAUCAUUUGACUGUUUGAGAGUUUGAGAGGAUGUGCAAAUCAACUCUGACCGGCCAUGUCAGAAAACGGAGCAACUUCGGGCAAGAGUGUCCUGUGAGACAGAGUCUGGGCUUUUUAGAGGGGCAUUUGCAAGUUGUUUUAUUAGUUGUAGGCCUGUACAUCAAUUCACCAAAAGAACAAAGCAGGCAAGACUUAUUGCAUGAUCCAAAUCUCCAUUAUAACUUGCCAGUUUCAGUGUGUGGGUUGAUCGCAUCAGGGUUGUUGCUUCCCGUAGCAAAGGGGAUUUUAAAAACGGUAAGAGACAGAGAGCAAAAAGGAGAAUGCCGGCCAAAAUAGUCGGCCCACGGCAGGUUUAUGGCCACAGUCUACAUUGGAUGAGUCAGACUAUGCCGAUACUAACACAUAUUUUGUUUAGUUUUGUGUCAACUGUCUUGUAGACUCCUUUUGAAAUUUUGCCUUUCUGUUUUUGGGCUGCUUUGCAGUGUAGGCAGUUGUUGCCAGUGCUGGAAUAGCAACUUCCUCUGCAGAAUACUCCACAAUUGAAUCAGGCUGUCCCGAAGGAGACAUGCACAUGCAUCUGCAUUUGUAGAACAGCCAAUAGGAAUGCCUUUCAGUUGCAGACGGGUAAACUGUCCAGUCAUUUCAUUUGGUCUGAAUGAAAUGACUGGCAUUUCAUUUGGUGUGAAUGAAAUGACUGGCCGGGCUUACUACAAGUCUACAAGUUUUCAUUUAUUGAUUGUGGUCAGGAUGUGAAGAGAAUUUUCAACAAAUAUAACAAGAAAAGCUUUUUAAAACAAGUUGCCUACCCUCGCUUGAAUAUGAAGAUUUCUAUCUUGAAUCAAAUGGUGCAUCUUUGUGCACGAUCGUACACUGGAGGUUAUGUUUCUGUCAUAAAUGAGCAUCAGAGUGAUCCUGUGCUGAGUCUGCCAACCAGUGCGCCUUCCCAUAUAAACAGCAUGUAUAGCAAAUAAAUUAGCAUCUUGAAACUUAACUGUAAAUAUCCUUUAUGCUAAUAUUUUUGUAUAUAUCAUCUUUAUAAUUUAUUCCUUUUAAAAAUAACCCAAUUGUUUAUUUUGCUUUGGCGUCAUCGUUCAAACUUUAAUGUUUAUGGUACUUUAUGGGUUAAAUAACAUUUGACAAUAACGAUAUAAGUAUAUAUUAUAGAAACACUUUUACAUUACAAGUAUGUCUUUAUUUUUUGUGCACGUAUUUCUGUGAAACGUAUCUUGGUUGUACAUUUUCAGUCUGACAGAACUGGUGAGAUCAGCUCCAUGUCCCCUGACUCCCGACACCUCUGUCCUGCCAGAUACUGAUCCUCUACCAGCGUUACUCCUUCCCAUAAUACAAUCAAAACCACAAAUGUUUACAUCGUGAUAAUCUUCGAAUCAUUUUGGUGCUGCUUCAGAGGCUGGUUAAUGAGCAGGUAAUCAAAUGUCACUAUUGUUUGUUUUUCUGGGUACAUUGUUUGUGUGCUGCCAUCCUCUGUGCUUCCACGAUCGCUCGACAGUUUGAUCUCCAGCUUGUUUUUCAUAAAGCUCCUUAUGGUUUAAUAACUCCAUGAAGAAGAUGAUGUGACUGCCACGAAUGGGAGGAGUUUGAUGUAGCGUCUACUGUGUCCUGUGGACAUGGGUUAUGCCACAAUGAAUGCAUUGAGCUGCAUGGGUGUAGUCAGGUUGGGUGUCCACUUCCUUUUCUCGACCUGUCUCACUGAAUGCUGAUGAGCAAAAGUGCAUGAAAAAAAAGAUCAUAUUGUUUGUAUGCAGCCUUGCUUACAAGCCAAGGACAUUUCCUGUGGGGUUCUGUGGGUCCUCUUUCUGGCUAUGCAGAUAUUUUUUAAAAUCUGUGAUAUUCCUAUAUAUACUCUUUUCUACUGUAUCCAAUGGGAAUUUUCAGAUAAAUAGCUCUUUGUUAAAUCCUACUGAAUAUUGUUCAAAUUUGAAAGUACGUUUGAAUAAAAUUUGUAUAUUGCCAACCGUA